GUAGAUAAUUUGCUUCUGUGACAUUUACUAUAUAUACAUUUUGACCGACAGAGUGAUGGUGUAAGUGGUUUUGCAUAGUGCUGACGAGCUGAUUUAAAUGCCCUUCACAUUUCCUUCUUCAGGAUGCGUGCAGUUUAUUCUUGGCAAGCCACAGUGUGGUCGUAUCAGUUCUAUCGGGGCUGCAGAGAGUUUCACACUCAUUUAUUACAGACAUCGCAGCAGACCACAGAAGACAUCAAUGGCUGAAAGUGAUUUUGAGUGGGACUAUCUCGACUCUUUUUUUAAUAACUCAACAGUGGAUCCAGAAUAUGUCCGAAAUGAACCAGUUGUUUUAUGCGGGAAAAGCGAUGUCAUCCACUUUGGUGCAGAACUUCUCCCGGCAUUCUACUACAUAAACUUCUUCCUCAGCUUGUUAGGGAAUGGGCUAGUGCUGUGUAUCAUCUACAAAUAUGAGAAGCUUAGCACAGUCACCAACAUAUUCUUACUCAACCUUGUCAUCUCAGACCUAAUCUUCGCCUCUAGCCUCCCGUUUUGGGCAGUGUACCACAGCUCUCAAUGGAUCUUUGGCAGUACCCUGUGCAAGUUGGUAAGAAGUUUUUAUUCCAUCGGCUUCAACAGCUCCAUCCUCUUCCUUACUCUCAUGACCUUUGACCGUUACCUGGCAGUGGUCCAUGCCAUCACAGCAGCCCAGAGCAGGAGGAGAGCAUAUGCAUUUGCAUCGUCUGCUGUCGUCUGGGUACUCAGUGUAUUGGCUAGUCUAAAGGAUAUCGUUCUUCACGACGUGAGAGAAAAUCAGGACAGUGGUAUGCUGUGUGAAGUGACGGGUUACACCCAGAGUGUCCUCAUAAAGUGGGAGCUGUUUGGGUAUUAUCAGCAGUUUCUCCUUUUCUUCUUAAUGCCUCUGGCUAUUGUCUUGUACUGCUAUGUCCGCAUAACCAUCAGAAUCAUGUACACUCGCAUGGCAGAGAAGUGCAGGGCAGUCAAACUCAUCUUUAUCAUCAUCUUCACCUUCUUCAUCUGCUGGACGCCUUACAAUGUGGUCAUCUUGCUACAAGCGAUCAAGACGUCCUUUGGAGACAAGUCACAAUGUUCAAAUGCCCUAGACUAUGCCCUGUAUGUGACACAGAACUUUGCAUACCUAUACUGUUGCAUCAGCCCUGUCUUUUAUACCUUUUUGGGCAAGAAAUUUCAAAACCAUUUUCUGAAACUUUUGGCCAAGCGUCUGCCAUGUCUGAAGAUAACUGUACUGUCAACGCAUAGCAGUAAAAGCACAUCGUUCAGGAGCCCAAACACUGAUUACUGAUGAUUCAUCAAUAAGAGUGACUGUGCAGGCUGUGGUUUAUUUGCAAAGUGACAACUUUAUACCAUUUGUUCUGAAAUGUAUUGCUAAGCGGACACAAAAAGGAACACCAACCUUUUUGUAAAAUUGCAAUGUUUGCCUUGCUUUUUUGAGCAUAAAUCAUUAUAUUAAAUAAUUUCUGCAGGUUUAGAAAGAAUGUUUUAUAAUAUUUUAUUUUAAGUCCAUUUGUACUAAUGCAUUCACAAAACUUGGCAGACAUGACGCUUUGUGGGUCAUGUCUGGCAAGUUUUACAUAAAAAUUAAAGGAAAAUUCUCAAAUAAUUGAGUAAAAUAAUAAAAAUAUAUACAUUUUUUUUUACAUUAGCUUCUGUGAUGAAAAGUUAUAUUAUGCAACAUAAUGUGUAUUGUGUACACCUUGACUUUCUAGUUCUUGUGCAAUGUAGCCAUAAGCCAUUUUCAUUUUACUUGUGAAUAGCUUAAUAUUCUGCAUGGUUUUUUUUUUUUUUUUUUUUCUGUUUAAAGGUCUCAUAAAAAAAAAAAUAAAUAAAAAAAAAAAUAAAAAAACUAAACUUCCUGUCUUUUCAACACCUAGAGGCAUCCUGUUCAUCGAAUUGCUGUUAUGAUGAUCGGAUGUUUAUUUUGAGUCUAACCUCAGUCUCUGCAUUGUGGUCUGUUGUCUCCUUUUAUGGAAUAUAUCAAAUUUUUGUGCAUGGAAAAUAAAUACUUCUGUUUUUCUA